CCGUGGAUUGCGGAAUAAGACGGCCUCGUCGCGGUUCGCACAAUCACUCUCCAGUCGCCACCAUCAAACGUCAACAGUAGUCAAUUAUUAUUAUUGAUUGUUUACGCUGGAUCUUCCUCAAAUAUUAACCAUUUCAAUCCGUGGACGCCGAAACGCCGCGUUGACGUUACUUCCGGACGCGUGAACCUAACGAAUACCAAGUCACGUUUUUUGAUGGCUCCGUGCUGUCUCUGGUAUUCUUACAGUACAUGAGGUGACAACAAAAUUUUCGGCCAUGGAGGAGCUUGCGUGCGUUCGGUGCAUGAGCUCCAAGUUCCGGAACCCAAACCUCGUGUUCAGCUUCAAUGUGUGCGGGCAUACCAUGUGCGCAAAUUGCAUAGAAGUGGCGUUCAUGAAAGGUUCUGGUCCCUGCCCUAAAUGUCUUAUUCCUCUACGACGUAAUGGUUUUAAACUUCAGCAGUUUGAAGAUGCUUCAAUUGAUGUUGAAGUAGAAACAAGAAAAAAAAUAUUGCAAGAUUUCAACAAAACUGAAGAUGAUUUUGAAUCUUUAGAUGAUUAUAAUGAUUAUUUAAUAGAAAUUGAAGAUAUUAUUUACAAUCUAGUAAGAAAUAUUAAUGUUAUCGAAACAAAAGAACGUAUUGAUCAAUAUAAAAAAGAAAACAAAGAAAUAAUUAUGAGGAACAGAAUGAAGUCAAAGCGAGAAGAACAAGCCUUAGAUGAAUUAAUUGAAGAAGAAAAGAUGCAUACUCAAUAUAAAAGAGAUGAAGUUUUGAGAGAUGAAGCUGAGCAAAGAACUAAAAAACUUCGAGUAGAUUCUGAAUUGAUUGAUAGCUUAGCACGUUCUAAUUCGGAUGCUAGAGACAUUGUUAACACAUAUACACAUAAAAAGGAAGAAAUUCCUGUACCAAAACCAAAACCUAUUUCUAAACCUAUUAACUUCACAAAGUUUUCAACUGGUGUCAAAUUCAAUCAGUCUUCUAUAUCGAUCUCAAUAAAAGAAGGUCCAUUAUUCAAAUAUGAGCCAGUUUCUCAUCAACUUAAUGGCCCUUCCUGUCCAGAUAUUACACAAUUAGAUUCAUUAGGAUAUAUGAAAUACAUCAGAAGAGAAAGUUCUCAAGAACUUGCAGGUGGAUUUUUAAUAAAAACUUCCUGCUUGCAUUAUGUACAAGAAUGUGUCUCAGCAUUGUAUGAAAGAAAGACUGGUAAAGUAUAAUAAGUAAAUUUAAAUUCCAA